GGCGGCGAGCUACGCUCCAAGACCUCGCGAAGGUCUCCGCUGCCGGACCGUGCGUGCGAGCGCGUGGCUGAGCCUUAUCCCCAGCGUGCAUGAGAAGCGAAGAGUCCGAGCUCGUUGCCUCUUCUCCUGCGAGACGUACAGCGUUCUCUUACUCCGUGUGGUGUUCCCUAUUAAUUUCUUUUUUCGCUUUCUAUCUCUCUCUUCUUUACGAAGCUCAGCGUGGAGUUACACGCAAUUGACUGCCGUCACCUGCACAGGCCACGCUGGGAUAUAUUUUUUUUUUUUCGCCGUGAUCGCCGCGGCGGACGACCGGGCCAAGUUUCCGUCACACCUGCUGCUUAACAUCACCGGAAGUUCCCGGCUGCUUCGGCACUGUGCGUCGCAGACCCGGAGGCAACAGCCGGGCUUAUCGGCAUCGAGUGUCGAAGCCCGGAAGAGAGUUGAGCCGAGAAGACUGAUUCGGCCGGUGCAGUGACAAGGAGAGGUGACAAGGGCUGACAAGCAGUGCCCUCAACAGCAGUCAACCAUGAGCAGCGACAAGUCCAACGAAUCCCUGCGCAAGGAGGAAGCCCUACCGACAGAGGGCGAGGAAGAGGACGACGAAGGCACCGCGUCACUACCCGACGACCAGGACGGAGCCGUGGAGCUGCCUAGUCCCCCGGACGGUGGUUACGGAUGGGUCAUCGUGUUCGCCUCCUUCAUUUGCUUCGUCAUCGUCGACGGCAUCAUCUUCUCGUUCGGCAUAUUCCUGCGUGAAUUCGCCGCCACCUUUGGAGAAUCCAAGGGGGCCACGGCCUGGGUGGCUUCCAUACAGACCGGCUGCUACCUGCUUGCUGGCCCAGUGGCUGCGGGCCUGGCAAAUGCCUUUGGCUGUCGCCCCGUGACCAUCGGCGGCAGCCUGCUUGCGGCAGCCGGCUUCUGCGGUGCACUUUUCGCACAAAGCAUCCUGCAACUCUACAUCACCAUCGGACUCUUUAGUGGCAUUGGGUUCGGCUUCAUUUUCCUACCUGCUGCCGUUAACAUCAGCUUCUACUUCGAGAAGAAGAGAGCCUUCGCCACGGGCAUCGCCGUCUGCGGUUCCGGAAUCGGAGGCUUCCUGAUGGCGCCCUGUUGUCAGCUACUGGUCUCCGAAUUCGGUUGGCGAGGUUCCAUGCUCAUCCUGGCAGGCAUGACGCUCAACUGUUGCGUGGUAGGCGCCCUGUUCCGGCCGAUAGAGGAGCCGCAGCCCAAGUCGGAGCCCGUGCCACUAAAGCCUCUGCUACUGCGCAUAAAGGAAGCCCGCGACGCCAUGACCAAGUGGGAUUCAGAAGAGGAUGGCAUCGACGACACGCUCAUUACCGGCGGUGGGCCACGCCGCAAGCACAGCUGCCCUCCGCCCCGCAUCGUCCAUGAUGUCAUCCUGAACAGUGAAGAACGCAGUGCUUCCAGCUCUACCAGCGGCAGCAACAACAGCCCACCUCCGCCUUACUCCGAAGCUGUAAAAGACGAGCAGCAGUUUAGCUGCUGCCACAACAACAACCAGCUCCGUGUCGAGCACAAACCUGCGUACCAGGCUCCUCCCGUUCUUCGAAAGCUCUCCUUCACCAAGAGCAACAACAGCAGGCCUCGUCGAAUGACGGCGCCCGAAAUGAGGCCUUUCUACCGCCAGGACAUCCUCUUCAGCGCCAGCCUUCUGCGCAUACCGGAGUACCGCUCACAGAGGGACAUCGGUUCCUACCACCAGAGCAUCGCCAACCUGCCCAAGGAGGGACCACACAAAAAGUGGGGCUGCCUCUCGCCGGAGAUGACCGACACUCUGACGCAGAUGCUCGACGUCUCGCUCCUGAAAAGCCCUACAUUCGUGACUCUGGCCGUGUCCGGAUUCCUGACCCUGGCGGGCUUUUUCGUUCCUUUCAUGUACAUUGUUGACAAGGCCAUCUUGUCGGGCAUCUCACCGGACAAGGCCGCUUUCAUCUUGUCUGCCAUCGGCAUCACCAACACGGUGGGCCGCGUGUUCUCCGGCUGGGUGUCUGACCGGCCGCAGGUGAAUGCCCUCUUCAUCAAUAACGUUGCCCUCACUGUGGGCGGCGUCGCCACGGCGCUUUGUCCUUUCUUCGAGACCUACACUAUGCUCCUCGUCUACAGUGCCGUGUUCGGUUUCUCCAUAGCUUGUUUUGCUGCCCUUCGGUCUAUAAUUGCUGUCGAGAUGUUCGGCGUCGAAAAACUCACGAAUGCGUUCGGACUACUGCUGCUAUUCCAAGGUGUGGCUUCCGUCAUCGGUUCGCCUGUCGCCGGUAUCUUUUACGACCUGACGGGUACAUACGACGCUUCCUUCUACGUCGCCGGAUCGGUCAUCACGCUUUCGGGUCUCAUGUGCCUCCCACUUCCCUGGAUUUCGCGCUGGGAGAGACGCCGGAAAGAGGCCGCCGCUCCCCAACUACCCACCAUCAUAACCACGACCGCGGAAGGGGACGACGAAAACGAGGAGGUCACGCUCAACCCUCGUGGUGUCUGCGUCAGCGAGGGCUGCGAGGCCGGGCUAGCGGCCACCUAGGAUCGAGGCCUCCUGGUUUCGCCACGGUAUCGGACAGAGACCGAAAGGAAAACGACAACCAAAGACAAACCCGUCCCCGCGCAUACUCACUCAGGAAGGUCGGUCUGUGCCGCUCGUUCCGUCGACCAAUCUACAGCUGUGGUGGGUGACACUUCCGGACGCCGCUGUGCCUUCGGAACCACUGGGCAGAUUGUGUCACACGCUGCCACCAUGUACGCUUGUGGGUGUUUCUGGAAGAGCUCCGUCGGACGCUUGGAAAACGGAAAGCGACCUUGUCGAAUGGAGUCGUACUGAGUGUCUGGCGACGGGAACAUUCCGCUAGCGUCUGCAACGCUUCUGCACAGGAGGCGUUUCUGGAUGUCCAGAUGGCUGUACUUCGCCGUCUACUACUUCGGCGCUGCAACCAACAGGUGUGCGCGUUUCUUAAGUGACGUGGUGCGCAUUCCGUGAUUACUGCGAACGCCUGCUGGUUGGUUCUAGCGUCAGCGUAUGUGGCUAAAGAAGCAGAACGUGUGCCCAAGUGUUGUGCUGCAGUGCUGAACUGAUUCCGCAUGCGGCGCUGUUCCGUGAGUGAGUCCGUAGCGCCUUCAGCAGGCUGCAGACACCGAGGAGUCUGCACAUUCCUUCGAAGUCACAGCCAUUCAGCCUCGAAAGUGGCAAGGAGAAAGGGUGUGGCUGCACCGGUCACAAAGGCGUGCACGAUUACGUGCUCGUUAAGUCAAAUUGUGCCAAUAACCAACCGAGACGGAGCCGUAUGGCAGUAACAUCGCUUGCCACCAUAACGGCGGAUGGCUUACUUCCUGCUUACGAUGGAAUACUGUGACUAAUGCACAACCUUCGGUUCAUUCUUGUGCGUACUGUGUCGUCGUGAGUGGCGAAGGCAGUGCUUGUCACGUUCAGUCAUUUCCAGGACGCUUUAGGUUAUACGCACGUAUGGUGAUGGAUGGCCUGGGUGUUCUUCGGACGCAGUCAUUUCCUGCGCACGCUUGUAAGGACGAAUGCUUGAGCAUACUUUUACCAUCGACGCUUAAUUGUAAUCAAUUUUAGUAUUUUCACUUGGUUCUAGCUUCAAGGCUAUCAUAACAGUUUGUGAACGACUACCUGGUAAGCUCCAGUUACGUGGCAACCGUUCACCUUUGUUUAACCUAGCCAUCGUCCUUCGGUGCGAAAAUCGAAACCAUUAAACAAUUCGUGUCAGUAUAAAAACAAGAACCAAAUAAAGUCCGCAAGAGCACAAGUUGCUUAGUUGCCCCAGGUAGUUUGUGCUUCACGUAGUCAUUCAUAUCCACCACCAUGCCUCCAUACAGGGGCUUAACUAGCUUCAUGUGCUUAAGCUACCAUUUUAAUUACUACCGUUCUGGUGUGUUUCCUCUUUUUCGUUUCCUGGUAGAGAUGGUACCACUUCAAAUUUAAAAGGAUCUCCGUGAAAAAAAUUAUAACAAUACAUUUGCGUGCAUCUGUAGUAACGCAUCCAUUGUUUUACAGGUGCACUUAUAAGUGAUAAUCACCAACGUGAUACGUUAUCACCAACGUGAUAACGUAA